AGCGACUACUAUAAAGAGACUAUUCGGUUAUUUAAUAAGGGUAAAUACUUCCUCUAUAAAGAAAAGGGUUAUACUAAAUACGAUUAUCCCGAAAAGGAACGUUUCGACCGCGAAUAUCGCAAUUGCGUCGCCGCUAUCAUUAACUGUUAUUUAGCUUACGAGAAUAAACCGGAAGCC